AAUUCGGAAACCAUUGGCACAACGUAACUUGCCCCUGGUUUUCUCAUCUUCCGCUCGCUUUCCCUUCAUCUAUAAAAAAACCCACAUUCCAAUCUUCCAACAAACCAAUUUCAUCUUUCAAAAUCUCACAAUUUCUUCAUCAAAUCAUCCAUUUACAAUCAAAAUCAUAAUCAUAAACCUAAAAAUCACAAAAUGAAGGGAGGUGCAGCAAAUGCAUGUAAAUCAUACAUAGUAGCAACAAGUAUGGCAACAGUAGAAGCUCUAAAAGAUCAAGGAUUCGCUCGUUGGAAUUAUCCUUUAAGAUCGCUUCAUUAUCGUCUUAAAACUAAUCUCAAAUCUACAUUUUCUCAAUCUUCUAAAGCUGCUUCUUCUUCGUCAAUGGCUUCUGAGAUCGCCAAAACAACGAUUCAAUCAACAGAGAUGAAUAUCAAGAAAGUUAUGGAGAUCGAUUGUUUUGGUCCUUCUACCGUUCGAUUUUAAGAUCAAUUAUAGCAAUUUUACUAUUAGGUUUUUGGUUUCCCCAAUUCUGUUGAGGUUUCAUUUCAUAUGGUCGAGAUUACUCGAGAAACUAUUGUGUGUACUUACUACUUCGUCCACACUAAAAUUAGAGUUGUGAUUCAAUGUUACUCUAUAUGAAUGUUAUCCUUCCCUUAUAAGAACGUAAUUAAUUUGUUUGUGUUGUGUUUGAUUUAAAAUGUUAUCACAUUAAAAACAAAUUAUUGAAACUGAUCUGUAGUUCUACAAAAAUUAUUGACUUUUAUUCAACUUAUUAAUCCAUUUAGUUUUUACAU